AUGAUUUCUUCAAUUCCUUCUUCUUUUUACUUAUCCACUUUCAUUCAUUGCAUUUUCAGUUUUUCUCCUUUCUUGGUGGAUUCAUAUAAAUUCAAUAUAUAUCUUUUGUGUCACCAUUUUCAUUGUUUGUAUCUGUAUCUCUCUUUGUAUCUGUGUCUCUAUCUCUCUCUCUCUAUCUCUCUGCAUCUGUUUCUCUCUCUCUAUCUCUCUGUAUCUGUUUCUCUCUCGCUGUCUCUCUGUAUCUGUUUCUCUCUCUCUUUGUAUCUGUUUCUCUCUCUCUUUGUAUCUGUUUCUCUCUCUCUUUGUAUCUGUUUCUCUCUCUCUUUGUAUCUGUUUCUCUCUUUCUUUGUAUCUGUUUUUUCUCUCUUUCUUUGUAUCUGUUUUUUCUCUCUUUCUUUGUAUCUGUUUUUCUCUCUUUCUUUGUAUCUGUUUUUUCUCUCUCUCUUUGUAUCUGUUUUUUCUCUCUCUUUCUCUGUUGUUUUUUUUUCUCUCUCUCUCUUUUGUAUCUGUUUUUUCUCUCUCUUUGUAUCUGUUUUUUCUCUCUCUCUCUUGUAUCUGUUUUCUCUCUCUCUCUUUUUGUAUCUGUUUUUCUCUCUCUCUCUUUUUGUAUCUGUUUCUUUCUCUCUCUCUCUGUAUCUGUUUCUUUCUCUCUCUUCUUUGUUUUUCUCUCUCUUUUGUAUCUGUUUUUCUUUCUCUUUGUAUCUGUUUUUCUCUCUUUCUUUCUUUCUUCUCUCUCUCUCUUUGUAUCUGUUUCUCUCUCUCUCUCUCUUUGUAUCUGUUUCUUUCUCUCUCUCUCUCUUUGUAUCUGUUUCUUUCUCUCUCUCUCUCUUUGUAUCUGUUUCUUUCUCUCUCUCUCUCUCUUUGUAUCUGUUUCUUUCUCUCUCUCUCUCUUUGUAUCUGUUUCUUUCUCUCUCUCUCUCUUUGUAUCUGUUUCUUCUCUCUCUCUUUUUGUCUGUUUUUCUCUCUCUCUCUCUUUGUAUCUGUUUCUUUUUCACUCUCUCUCUCUCUUUGUAUCUGUUUCUUUCUCUCUCUCUUUGUAUCUGUUUUUUCUCUCUCUCUCUUUGUAUCUGUUUUUUCUCUCUCUCUUUGUAUCUGUUUUUUAUCUCUCUCUCUUUGUAUCUGUUUUUUUAUCUCUCUCUCUUUGUAUCUGUUUUUUUCUCUCUCUCUCUCUCUUUGUAUGUUUUUUUCUCUCUCUCUCUCUUUGUAUGUUUUUUUUCUCUCUCUCUCUCUCUCUCUUGUAUUUUUUUUUUCUUUGUAUGUUUUUUUUCUCUCUCUCUUUGUAUGUCUUUCUUUGUAUUUUUUUUCUCUCUCUCUCUUUUGUAUGUUUUUUCUCUCUCUCUCUUUGUAUGUUUUUUCUCUCUCUUUGUAUGUUUUUUUCUCUCUCUCUCUUUGUAUCUGUUUUUUCUCUCUCUUUGUAUCUGUUUUUUCUCUCUCUUUGUAUCUGCUGUUUCUUUCUCUCUCUCUCUCUUUGUAUCUGCUUUUUUUCUCUCUUUGUAUCUUUUCUCUCUCUCUUUGUAUCUGUUUUUCUCUCUCUUUGUAUCUAUUUUCUCUCUCUUUUUGUAUCUGUUUUUCUCUUCUUUGUAUCUGUUUUUCUCUCUCUUUGUAUCUAUUUUCUUUUCCCUCUUUGUAUCUCUCUUUUUCUCUCUCUCUCUCUCUUUGUAUUCUGUUUUUCUCUUUGUAUCUGUUUUUCUCUCUCUGUUUUCUCUCUUUUUUGUAUCUGUUUUUCUCUCUCUCUCUCUUUGUAUCUGUUUUUCUCUCUCUCUCUCUUUGUAUCUGUUUUUUUUUCUCUCUCUCUUUGUAUCUGUUUUUCUCUCUCUCUCUUUGUAUCUGUUUUUCUCUCUCUCUCUUUGUAUCUGUUUUUUCUCUCUCUCUCUUUGUAUCUGUUUUUUCUCUCUCUCUCUUUGUAUCUGUUUUUCUCUCUCUCUUUGUAUCUGUUUUUCUCUCUCUCUCUUUGUAUGUUUUUUUCUCUCUCUCUCUCUUUGUAUCUGUUUUUUUCUCUCUCUCUCUUUGUAUCUUUUUUUUCUCUCUCUCUCUCUCUCUUUGUAUCUGUUUUUCUCUCUCUCUCUCUUUGUAUCUGUUUUUCUCUCUCUCUCUCUUUGUAUCUGUUUUUCUCUCUCUUUGUAUCUGUUUCUCUCUCUCUCUCUCUUUGUAUCUGUUUCUCUCUCUCUCUCUCUUUGUAUCUGUUUCUCUCUCUCUCUCUUUGUAUCUGUUUUUCUCUCUCUUUGUAUCUGUUUUUCUCUCUCUUUGUAUCUGUUUUUCUCUCUCUUUGUAUCUGUUUUUCUCUCUCUUUGUAUCUGUUUUUCUCUCUCUUUGUAUCUGAUUUCUCUCCUUUUGUAUCUGUUUUCUCUCCUCUCUUUGUAUCUGUUUCUUUCUCUCUCUCUCUUGUCUCUUUGUUUCUCUUUUUCUCUCUCUCUCUCUCUCUUGUAUCUGUUUUUUCUGUUUCUCUCUCUUUGUAUCUGUUUCUUUUUCUCUCUCUCUCUUGUAUCUGUUUCUUUCUCUCUCUCUCUUGUAUCUGUUUCUUUCUCUCUCUCUCUCUUGUAUCUGUUUCUUUCUCUCUCUCUCUUGUAUCUGUUUCUUUCUCUCUCUCUCUUGUAUCUGUUUCUUUCUCUCUCUCUCUUGUAUCUGUUUUCUCUCUCUCUCUUGUAUAUUUUUCUUUCUCUCUCUCCUCUUGUAUCUGUUUUUUCUCUCUCUCUUGUAUCUAUUUCUUUUUCUCUCUCUCUCUCUUGUAUCUGUUUCUUUUUCUCUCUCUCUCUUGUAUCUGUUUCUUUCUCUCUCUCUCUUGUAUCUGUUUCUUUCUCUCUCUCUCUGUAUCUUUCUCUCUCUCUCUCUCUUGUAUCUCUUUGUUUUUCUUUCUCUCUCUCUCUCUCUUCUCUCUCUCUGUUCUUUCUCUCUCUCUCUCUCUCUUGUAUCUGUUUCUUUCUCUCUCUCUUUCUCUCUCUUGUAUCUGUUUCUUUCUCUCUCUCUCUCUCUCUUGUAUAUGUUUCUUUCUCUCUUUCUCUCUCUUUGUAUCUGUUUCUUUCUCUCUCUCUCUUGUAUCUGUUUCUUUCUCUCUCUCUCUCUUGUAUCUGUUUCUUUCUCUCUCUCUCUCUUGUAUCUGUUUCUUUCUCUCUCUCUCUCUUGUAUCUGUUUCUUUCUCUCUCUCUCUCUCUCUCUCUUGUAUCUGUUUCUUUCUCUCUCUCUCUCUCUUGUAUCUGUUUCUCUCUCUCUCUUGUAUCUGAUUUUUUUUUCUCUCUCUCUCUUUUUAUCUGGUUUUUCUCUCUCUCUUUAUCUGUUUUUCUCUCUCUCUCUUUGUAUCUGUUUCUCUCUCUCUCUGUUUCUCUCUCUCUCUCUCUCUCUCUCUCUCUCUCUGUUUCUCUUUAUUUGGCAUUCUCUGUCUGUCGUUGUGUCUGUACAUGUCUUUUUUUUCUUUCUCUUUUCAUAUUUUUUUUUUUUUUUACUUACUCCCACUCAAUCUCUGUCACAUUGUCUUUGAUGGGGGUGACUUAA